AUGACAUCUCGGACCCACCAUGACUAUACAGUUGCAUGGAUCUGCGCCCUGCCGCUGGAAAUGGCAGCUGCGAAAACCAUGCUGGAUGAGAUCCACGACCCUCUUCCUCAGCCACUGAAUGAUCAAAAUACUUAUACCCUCGGCAGAGUCAGUGGUCACAAUGUGGUGAUCGCCUGCCUACAAUCUGGUAUCUUUGGAGUUACAUCCGCUGCUAUUGCGCUGGCGCAUUUCUUGCCAACCUUCCCAUCCGUCAAGUUUGGGCUGUUAGUAGGCGUUGCGGGUGGAGUCCCCAGCGCAACUAACGAUAUCCGCCUUGGUGAUGUCGUUGUGAGCAAGCCUACCGGAUCCUCAGGGGGUGUGAUUCAAUAUGAUUUCGGAAAGGCGCUGGUUGGCGGUCGAUUUCAGCAAACCGGUUUCUUGAACAAACCACCCCAACUCCUACUGACUGCGAUGGCUCAAGUGGAGUGUAAUAAUAUGAUAAGGCGGACCUCUCUUAUAAAAGUUAUGUCGAAUGCAUUGGACAGGAACCGAAGCAUGAAGGGUCACUUUCCACGCCCAGAUCAUGACCAUCUCUUCCGCGCAACAUACUCUCACCAGGACGGGAGCUCUGACUGUUCAUCGUGCAACAAAGACCAUAUUGUGUCUCGCGCACCCCGGUCUACAGAAGAGCCCCAAGUGCAUUACGGCCUAAUUGCGUCUGGAGACCAAGCCAUGGACGACCCUCAGAAGCGAGAUGCUAUUGCACAACAACUGGAUGUACUGUGCUUUGAGACAGAAGCUGCAGGCGUAAUGAAUCAACUGCCGUGCCUCGUCAUUCGUGGUAUCUGCGAUUAUUGUGACUCUCACAAGCACGAGAAAUGGCAGGGCUAUGCGGCUCUCACAGCUGCUGCCUAUGCAAGAGAGCUUUUGUCCGUUGUUCCGGUCCACCAGGGAAACAGGGUUCUAACCGAGCUUUCCUGGCACCAAAAGAAGGAGUUGGAGGAGCGCGAAGCAUUUCUGCAUUGGAUUCCAACCGAUAACUACGAUCAGAUGUACGAAGCGCUUCUGGAGAAAAGAUCACUGGGAACUUGCGAAUGGAUUAUCGAAACGAAAGCCUUCCAGACUUGGCAACAGAGGACGUCAUCCAGUCUGCUUUGGUGCUAUGGAAAGCCGGGUAUCGGAAAGUCGGUUUUAUUACAAGAUCUGGCCGAACCAUCUCGGAUGGUGUCGGCCAUGCUUAAACAACUUUAUCGACAGAAAGGAAGCAUCCCUCAGGAGCAUCUUCGGUUCAUGCAGAUGUCGCUUCGCCCUUCGCUAGCCGACCUUUGCGAUAUUUUCACAUCCUACGCAUCGUUGUCGUUCGGGAAGGUCUUCCUUCUGGUCGAUGCACUGGACGAGUGUCCGUUUGAAGCAAGACACCGAAUGGUCCGCUUCUUAUCCCACAUCCUGCAGCAUGUACCAGGCAUCAAAAUCUUGGUCAUGUGUCGAAAGGAAUUGGACAUCCAAGAAGCCUUCCAGGAACAUCCGAGCCUACUUAUUGGGAAGCAAGACGUCAGCCGCGAUAUCAAAACAUAUAUCACUACGGAGGUUAGGCGACUCAGAAGAGGCUACCAUGGAAAGAAACUUCUGAUGGACAGCCAUACCUGCAAAUACUGA